GCAGCAUUUCUAUCACGAUAACUACUUAAGCCUCAAAGAUGGGAUUGGCAGAAGUCAAAAGAAAGCAAAGACUGGUAGGCUCAGCCCAAACAAAGAAUUCAGCAUGGUCGAAUGAUUCUUCUUUACCGGGUCAAAGGUUGUUGGCUUCGAUGGGAUGGUCAGCAGGUCAAGGAAUCGGUCAAAGUAAAAGUGGAAUGGUUGCUCCUGUCGCUGUCGCUUUCAAGAUGGACAACAAAGGUAUUGGGGCACAAAGACUAGAACGUGAAGCAAGAGCGUCUGGACAAGCAGAUGCUUGGAUAGGAGGAGGAGGAGAAUUGGGCAGCUUAUUCGAUAGAUUAAAUGCAGCAGCUGCCAGCUCUGCUUCCACAUCCACCAGUACUGCAGCAAUAGAGCAAAAAUCUGCCAGUACUCCCGUCAUGAUCAAUCCAAGAAUGGCAGCUAGAGCAAAAUAUCUAAGAGCAAAGCGAAUGGUCGGCAAUGAUUUGAGCAGUAUCAAUGAAAUCCUCGGAAUAGCAUCGCCUUCAGGAUCA